CUCUCCUCUUUCUAAAACCCCAGAGAACUCUUGUCUUCCCUCUCACCCUUUCUCUUAUGUUUCUUAUUUAGGGAGAAAAGCACUCUCUCUUCCUAUAUCCUCUCUCUUUUUAGUGCUGGAGCAAAAAACUGUGUCUCAAUAUAUCUGUCCCUCGAAUUACUUUCAAUAUGCCUUCAAGAUCGUUGUUAGCAGACGCUUUUAGAGCCCACCCUGUCCAUGUACACCAGAAGCACAUUGACUUUACCUCUCUUCAAGAAAUACCUGACUCGCACAAAUGGACUCAGAUCGAUGAUGAACAGCGUCCUUUAGUUGACCCCUUAAUCACUGAAUCCGUACCCGUUAUCGAUCUGUCAGACCCUAAUGUCCUUCAAAAUAUAGGCCAUGCAUGCAAAACUUGGGGUGUGGUUCAAGUCACAAACCAUGGCAUCCCUACCAGCCUUCUUGAGAACAUUGAGAGUGCUAGUAGGAGCCUUUUCUCUUUACCCAUCCAACAAAAACUCAAAGCAGCUAGAUCACCAGAUGGGGUUUCAGGCUACGGUGUCCCUAGGAUUUCUUCAUUUUUCUCCAAGCUCAUGUGGUCAGAGGGAUUCACCAUAGUUGGCUCUCCUCUUGAGCAUUUUCGCCACCUUUGGUCUCAAGAUUACACCAAAUUCUGUGAUAUAAUUGAAGAAUAUAAGAAAGAAAUGCAAAAGCUAGCAAGGAGGUUAACAAGGUUAAUGCUAGGCUCAUUAGGAAUAACAAAGAAAGAUCUCAAAUGGGCUGGCUCAACAGGUGAAUCAAAAAAGGGUAGCGCAGCCCUCCAACUGAAUUACUACCCGGCUUGCCCAGAUCCAGAUCAGGCAAUGGGUCUUGCCGCCCACACAGACUCCACCCUACUCACCAUUCUUUACCAGAGCAACACCAGUGGAUUGCAGGUGCUAAAAGAGGGAAUUGGGUGGGUCACUGUCCCACCAAUCCCCGGUGGGCUUGUUGUGAAUGUAGGGGACCUACUCCACAUCUUAUCAAACGGGUUGUACCCGAGUGUGCUCCACCGAGCGGUGGUUAACCGGACCAAGCAUAGAUUAUCCAUUGCUUUCCUAUAUGGGCCACCAUCAAGCGUUGAGAUUUCUCCUUUACAAAAACUUGUAGGUCCAAAUCAUCCUCCCCUCUAUCGGCCAGUCACUUGGAACGAAUACCUUGGCACUAAAGCUACGUAUUUCAACAAAGCAUUAUCAUCGGUUAGGAUUUGUGCUCCUCUAAAUGGUCUGGCUGAUGUAAGCGAUCAUAAUAGGGUAAGAGGUGGUUAGCAAAUGAGUU